AAUUGCAAGCAUCCUCUCCACUUUCCAAUCCAGCUGCAAUUGCUAGAGGCUAAUAGAACAAAUUGCAAAUUUCCUCUGUGCUGAUCUUAAUCUCUAUCCAGUCAUGUCGUUGUGCUCUGCCAUGUGAGAUAAUGGGGAAGUAACUUGGUCUCAAGUACAGGAACAUUUUUAUUUACAGUACAUUGGUGACACUGAAAUGAAAGUGUGUUGAACUCAAAGUCAUACUGGAAGUGCAUCAGGUAGAGGGAGCGGCAAUCUCCUGGUAGCAUUUGACGAUAUUGAAGUCACAUACCUUUGUCAAGCAGUGGCACGGAGCUAAUAAAGAGGGUUUGUGAGAAGAAAUGGUUGUUUUGAAUAACUGAAGAAAGGACAGGGAGUUAUUAAACAUUUGCAUUUACAACAGCUUCUGCAGGAGACUGGAAUUGCAGAGACAAACAAGAGCUCUGUUUUCAGAAGAGUCUGGGAGCGUUGAAUCAAACUGGAGUUUCAAUUCAUCAAGAAACAGUGGAAUAUUUCACCACUGCAGCUCAGUGGUUAGAGUCCCGUGUGGAUUCUAACACCCUGUUUAUUGAGGAAGGAUCUGCUACACAUUCACUGUCUCCACCUGGGAGCUUGGACUGCCGUAUACGGAGAGUAAUAUAUAGCCUAUGUAAAACUGGAGAUAUGGCGAAUAGCUCCAUCGAAAGUUAUGUGCAGCUGUUCCAGAUAACCGUGUACAUUCCCACAUUUGUCCUGGGAUUGCUGUUCAAUGCGAUGGCUUUGUGGUUUGCCUUUUGUAAGAUCAGGAAGCUGACAGAAUCAAUAAUCUACCUGGUGUCACUUAUUACUCUGGAUACCUUACUGCUGUUUACCCUUCCUUUUAAAAUCAUUUCCUAUGGCUCCCAGAAGAAAUGGAACGUGGGGUCUGCAUUCUGCUCAUUCCUGGAAAGUCUCUACUUUGCGAACAUGUAUGGGAGCAUUCUCAUCUCUGCAUGUAUAUGUGUGGACAGAUAUAUCGCCAUCCGACAUCCAUUGUUAGCCAUUUCCCUGAGAUCCACCAGGAAAGCUGCUAUGGUCUGUUCCAUCGUCUGUGUGGGUGUCUGGGCCGGAACUUACCAAUUCUAUGAUAACACACCCACUGCGUGCUUCAAUGGCUUCUCUAAUAAAACAUGGGGAAACCCAGCUGUGCUUGUCACCUUGGAGACUGCGUUUUCUGGCAGCCUGAUAGCAAUGAUCUUCUGCACAGUUCAGAUCAUCAUAUGCUUGAAACGGAGCAGAAGGCCAGACGAUCCCCUUACUGACACAAGUAAAUCAGUGAAGAUAGUCAUGGCAAACCUAGCCACAUUUGUCGUCUGUUUCACCCCUUUCCAUGUGAUGUUGUUCUUGUAUUAUUUGGUAAAAAAAGAGGUCAUCAAGAACAGUCUUCAGCAAAUCAUACUCUCUUUUGUUCAGAUCAGCCUCUGCUGGGCUAACCUCAACUGCUGCCUGGAUGCAAUUUGCUAUUAUUUUGUCCUUAAGGAGUUUUUGAAAUCCCCACGUCAGGGGAGUCAGAAAACAUCCAGCGUUAGUUAAUCAAAGUGCUGUGUCUCUCAACAUUCUGGGAGCAGAAGGGGAAAGCUUUUGAAAAGUGACCACUUCUAGCUAAUUUUGAAGAUUGCUUUCAUCUGAUGCUCACUGAACUCUGUCUCUUAAGCCACCAUCCAAAGGACCAGCAAAAAUCAAUUGCCAAAUAAAAGUAGUUCUAACUAACAGUCAAACAAAACUCUAUUUGAAAACCAAAUGGUUACCUGAAAGUGUUGCCUACUGGAGAGCUACUUCAAUAGGAACUGUGGGGGCUCAGUUAAUAUAAGUGGAAUUUUUUAUUUGAAAAUAUAAAAACAGUGAAACCUGUACUAAGAACCACCUCCUUAAUUGUUCCUUUUGCCUCUUGUUUUGUCUUGGUGUUUGUAAAAAAUAAGAAUUGAAACUAUUUCCUAUAAAUGGUAACACAAAUCCCAACCAUGAGUGGUGUCUCCUG